AAAGCACACAACUGUCAGCUGGUGACGGUGUUGAUAAUAUCAUUAUUUUGAUAAAAUCUGAAAAUUUUAUUUUGUGCAUUAUAUACCCCAAGUGUAUAUUUUACUUUCUUGCAACCGAAAUUUUUAAGAAAGAAGCUAUUAAAAUGUCUGACAUCAGUGAUAAGUACAACAUAAAGUGUCCAGGUGUUAAAAGAUUAAUGAGAGAAGCUAUUGAGUUAGCAGAGGCGACAGAGGAAUACUGUGCGCGACCUUUGGAAGAUAAUCUUUUUGAAUGGCACUUCACGGUAAGAGGCCCUCCUGGUACCGAUUUUGAAGGUGGAAUUUACCAUGGGCGCAUCUUAUUACCUAAAGAGUAUCCUAUGCAUCCGCCGCAUAUAAUACUCUUAACACCGAAUGGAAGAUUCGAAGUUAAUAAGAAAAUAUGUUUGUCUAUCUCAGGAUAUCACCCAGAGACGUGGCAACCAUCUUGGUCAAUCAGGACUGCUCUGUUGGCCUUGAUUGCUUUUAUGCCUACUCCUGCCGAAGGUACUAUUGGUGCCCUUGAGUACUCACCGGCAGAGCGUAAAACUCUUGCAAAAAAAUCCACCAGCUGGGCAUGUGCUCAAUGUGGUGAAAUUGCUCCAUUGUUAUCCUCUAAUGCAGCUAAGCCAAUAACAGAAGAAGAAAAGUCAGUAUUAAAUCAAAUUGCAUUUAAAGGAGAGGAGGAACAAACACCAAAACCACCUGAGCCUGAACCAACCUACGAACCAGAGCCUCAGAUAUUAGAAUCUGUUGACUCUAGCACCACAUUUUUGGAUCAAAUGUUGGAGAUAAUAGUGGCUCUCCUUGUAGGUGCUAUUGCAAUAUUUAUUUACAGGCGAUGGAAUUCAUAUGCAGCUAUUGAUACUGAUUUAUAAUUAUUAUGCAAUAAUUACUUAUUACCAUAGUAUUAAUUGAAUGAAUUGCUAAUUUGAUGUUUAAGACCAUGUAAAAUUACCUGAGCUACUUUUAAAUCCUUAUUUCAUGCUAGUGGACAACACAGGAUUGCCUAAUUAUAUUUUUACUUAAUUAACCAAAAAUUUUAGUGAUAUAUUUAAAUUUUAUAAUUUUCCAUUUAGAUAAUGAAAACUAAAGUGUAUGUUUUAAAAGGUAAUAAAAAGCUGCCUAGAAAUAUGUGAGAAGCUAUAAGUACAAUAAUUUUUUCCUUCAUAUCUAUUAUAAUAUAUUAUUGUUAUAGAAAUGCACUUUAAAGAUUUAAGUGGCAUUAUAAGACCUUAAGUAUAAAUAAAUUAUGACCAUUAAAACUUUUAUUGUAACUUAGAUUUGUGAGACAUUAAUUUUACAUCACUUUAUAUUGUGAUAUUUGUAAUUUUAGUGUAAUAUACAUAUUAUUAAAAUAUAAUUUGUCUCUAUUA